ACCUCGACUGACCAUCCAUACCCAGAUUUUCCUGAUUUACUGAUGAACAGGGGAUAUGAGUGUGGUGUGUUUGACAGAGAGAAGGCUUGUGUACUGGACAAGGCUGACCUGAGCCGCAAGGGCAGUGUGGAUGCUCCCAUCAGACACCUGGUGGAGGCCAUCAAUGCUCACCCUCACUACUACACCACUAGCUCAUGCUCUGGGCGCUCGGUCGUCCUGUGUGAGGAGAAAGGCCAACGGAAGAAGGGUUGCCAUUGGUUACUCGUUUCUCAUGAUCCAAUUACUAUUGAAAACUUGACUGGUGUGUGCACAGAGUAUGGGUGUGUAGUUGAGGGUGAACAGGAUGUGGAGGAUGGGUACACUUUCCUCAAGUUUGAGCCGUUUGUCCUUCACGUUAUGUGUCGAGGGCUGGAGCAUGCUCAAGCAAUGCUGCAGGCCUCAGUGGGAGCUGGGUUUAGGAACUCUGGUAUAAGUUGUGGCAGGAAAGGAAAGGUCAUGCUGGCGGUGAGAGCCAGUCUCUCCCUGGAGGUACCACUGUGUCAUGGUCGUCAGCUUCUGGUUACUAAAGAGUAUCUAGUUCAUCUGGUGAAGUUGUGUAACAGCAAGUUUUUGGAGAACUCCCUGAGAAUUGACAGGUUCUACGAGCAAUUAAAGGCACUAAAGAGUGAGGAGAAGAUAGCUGUAUCUACAAACCACCCUUCAUGUAACAAGCCAAGGUCUAAAGCUAAAAGAGAGAAUGUUCAAUCAAAGGAUGAAGAACUGUCUCCACACAGAACUAGUCGUGUUGACAUUAGCAAUUCAGAUGAACAGUUACUUUGUUUUGGUAGUUUAUUUGAACCUGACUCUCAUAAUUAAUACAUGUGUGUCAUAUGCGCUAGAUGCUGAUCGUACUUGAAGUACAUG